AUGCGGGUGCUCGUGGGUGGCGGCACGGGAUUCAUUGGGACAGCCCUAACCCAGCUGCUGAAAGCCAGGGGCCACGAAGUUACUGGGCCGGGUCGAACCACGUGGAGUGAGCUCAGUAGGUCGGGGCUGCCCCUCUGCGAUGUUGUCAUCAACCUGGCUGGAGAGAACGUCCUCAACCCUCGGCGAAGAUGGAACGAAGCCUUCCAAAAAGAGGUGCUUACCAGCCGUCUGGAUACCACCCACCUGCUAGCUAAAGCCAUCACCAAAGCCGAACACCCACCGCGGGCUUGGAUACUAGUCACAGGUGUAGCUUACUACAAGCCAAGCCCAACUGAGGAGUAUGAUGAAGACAGCCCAGGAGGGAACUUUGACUUUUUCUCCAACCUGGUAACCAAAUGGGAAGAAGCAGCCAGGCUACCUGGAGAGUCUACACGCCAGGUUGUGGUGCGUUCAGGGGUUGUGCUGGGCCGUGGGGGUGGUGCCAUCGGCCAAAUGCUUCUGCCCUUCCGCCUGGGCCUAGGAGGCCCCAUUGGUUCAGGUCACCAAUUCUUCCCCUGGAUACACAUUGGUGACCUGGCAGGAAUUCUGAUUCAUGCCCUUGAAGCAAACCACGUCCAAGGAGUCCUGAAUGGAGUGGCCCCAGCAUCUACCACUACCAAUGCUGAAUUUGCCCAGGCCUUGGGUGCUGCCCUGGGCCGCCCAGCCUUCAUACCUGUCCCCAGCAUUGUGGUACAAGCAGUCUUUGGAAGAGAGCGUGCCACCAUGCUGUUGGAAGGCCAGAAAGUGGUCCCACGGCGGACGCUGGCCACUGGCUACCAGUAUUCCUUCCCAGAGUUGGGGGCUGCCUUGAAAGAUAUUGUAGCCUAAAUAGAGAAGGGCCCCAAGGCAGGAGCUGAGG